AUGGCAACAGCUAUAGAGCUGGCGAUCCAGAAUGGCAAUCGAGAUCUGGUGACGAUCCUGCUCACAGAUGCCAAGAGGUGGUAUUUCGCCUCUGUGCAGCUGGUUGGAGAGAUCAGCCAACAAGGGCUUCCCCGGCCCACUCGAAACGAGUUCCAGGCAUGUGGCUACCGGUUCCGCCUCUUUGCUUGCAAAUACUUCUCCUGUGACCUGUUACAUUCCGGUGGUUCGAGUCCAGGAUUGUUGGCUAAGGUUUUCGCCCGCAUACACAACGUGCUGUACCCUGGUGUAGACAUCUCCCAGGUUGCAGCCCAGGUCGAGCGGGGCCGUGAUGUGCUUCAAACUCUGGCAGACAAGUGGGCGGAGCCCUUCAUCGUUGAGAUUGAUAGGAGGCAGGCCGCAGAACAGGAGAAGACUGCCUUGGUGCAGACGCUGAAGUUUUCGGAGGAGGAGAAUAUAACCUUGGUGCAGAAGCUGAAGUCGUUGGAGGAGGAGAAGAAGGCCUUGGUGCAGAAGCUGAAGUCGUCGGAGGAGGAGAAGAAGGCCUUGACGCAGGAGAAGAAGGGUUUGGCGCAGGAAAAGAAGGCUUUGGCGCAGGAGAAAAAGGCCUUGGCAUGGAAGCUGAAGUUGUCAGAGCAGAAGGAAAAGGCCUUGGCACAGGAGAAGAAGGCCACGGUUAAAGAUAUUGCGGGCCUCAAAAGGCAGCUGCAGCAGCAAGGCCAGUGA